AUAAAUAACAUAAAUGUGUAGUCUGAAGAUCACAAAUGAGCUCAAACUACUUUGCAUACCUACCUUAACAUAAUUAUUCUACCCUGCUAAUGUUUUCCUAUGGCCCAAGCGUCCCUGCAUGUAUUUGUGAGUAAUUACUGCAAGGCCAGUUUACCAUCAAAAGCACUGUCGAUCCAGCUUCGUAGUUAGGUCGUAAUGUAGAUGUAAUGUAGCUAUUAUUGAAGAUUAAAUAGCAGGUCUUGACAUCAAGAUUUCGAUGCUGCUGGCCCAUCCUGAUGAGCACCACGGUAUGUCAUCAGACCUGCACCCUGCCAGCGCUGGCUCUGUUUGCUCUGACGUUGCAACGGAAGGGAAGGCUUCCAUGCACUGGGUAGAGAACACAAUUAAAAUAAAAAUUAAUAAUGAUAAGGCUUCCCUUGUUGGUGAGCCUGGCCUUAGGUAAAUCAUUAAAAAAGCUUAAUUUGUCGCAGCAAUUAUUCCAGUAUUCAACGGUAAGUUCUUUAUUCAAACUUUUUUUUUUUUUCCAGAAGCAUAAUUUUAGGUAAAACUACUAAUUAUUCUCAUAGGCCUACUUCCCUGAAGAUAAGAGGAAUCGCAUCUGGUACGUGGAAAAGACAGGAAUGCAUUAAAGGGCUAUGUGUUACAGUAUAAUAGCCUCAAAGGACGACCAUUAAACCCCCAAUUAUCAAUACGCGUUGUAUAUGCACUCCAUGUCUAUACUUGCCUAUUUCAAACACCACAGUGCGGCGAGCAGGCAAUAUCGGGGGUGUGAAUAUUAUCCGUAGCAAAAAAAUUGCUCUCCUGUUGCCCACUCAAAACCAAUAAUCUAGCCCGUUGAUACUUCAAAAUAUUAGCAUGGCGUGAUCCCGAGAUAUGAAUGUUGCCAUCUUGUUUGCAUAUUUAGGUCUCAGAGUCUGUAAGGCUGUCCAAUAAUUUAUUGUAAACAAGAACAUACCACUCCUAUACGUUAUAGGCCUAUUCUACCUUUUAAUUGGCCCCAUAAACGGAUCUUAUCUUACUUAUUUUCCACAUUUGGCUUUCUGGGGAAAAAUACAUUUUAAAAAAGGAUAUCAGGAAAUAGUAGUGUAAAACAUUCUAAACAUGGAAUUUAUCUAGCACAUGCAACAAAAUAAGGAUUUUCGUACGUCUCAAAAAUAACAGUGUGAUGUCUUUCAUGUCUGAAGAUGUCUGUUGCCCUGUCCCGCAACUGAGUGAACUGAAUGGACCUCUCUAGCAGCAUCCCACUCCGCGUGCUGGGCAGAUAUCAAUUUCACAUAAUACAAACAUGGAGCGGACGUCGCUGUUCAUUGCGUUGCAUCACAAUAGAAAAGACCGUUGAUUAUUAUAAUGGAAAGUGAUCAUUUAAAAAGAAAACCGUGAAAAUUCACAGUAUCCAUAACUAAUAUGAUAUACUUGUUCAUUAUUUACAGAUAGCCUAAUUCAGGUUUUUUUUUUUUUUUUUUUUCAAAUCGAGUUCUUUUUCCGUACUGUAUUUAAUCCAAAGGGGGAAAGCCGAUGUCAUCAGUGGAGUACAAGAAAAAGGACUGUUUUGCUUCUGGAACCCUAUCUUCUGCUUCUAUGAAAGGUACAUUUACUAAAAUCCAACGAAGGAAGGUUAAAGCAAGAAAAAGACCAUCAGCAAAAUCACUAGAAGACACGGAAAGUGACUGUGAGAUUUGCAGGUGUUCUGUCUCCACUGGGGUCGCGAGCAGCCGCACGGUUCGCCGCAUUCUGACAGCCUGCGUGAUCUCAUUUCUGUCUCUCUUGGGCUCGGUGUCCGUGGACCUCAGUGCAAACAUGGAGUUGUGGCGAACCACCCAGGAUGCGUUUCAGGAGUUCACAUCUUGCCGGACUAAUAUCAUACUCGGCCUCGUCGGAGCGCUUCAGAAUGAGCGGAGUCGAUGCACUGCUGCAGGCUCAGGUGACAUGUCAGAACCUGGAACUUGCAUUCUAACAACUUCAGAUGUUCCGUACCUGGUUAUCCAGAUUUGUAAAGAAAUGCAGGUUCGUAAUGAUGGCCAGGGACUUCCAUGCGAUGAUAAACUCACUCAGUUUUGCGUGGAGAUUAAAGAUGACAUUGUCAUGUUCAUGGAUGCAACUCAGAGAGCAGGAAACACGGACGUCGAUAACGUAACUUACCUAUCCCUGUCAAUAUUGCGUGUUCUUAGGUUUUGGGGGGAUCUAGAGAAGGACAUCGGGAAAGUCAGGCAGAAUGUUGAUUGGGCCAACGUUCUGUCUCUAAGACAGCUGGUGAUAUUCAAAGAACUCAAUUACCAAUUAAAUGAAUCGCCCUUGUUGGUGCAUGAAACAAGCUUUCAGAACUCCUGGCACCAUUCUCUUAGCGGCCUGAUCUUUGGUAAGCUGCAGUCUGAAGCCUUUCACAAGUGCUGGAUACAAAACGCCAGUCCAAGGCUGAACUCCACCCAGCAGUGGUUUAACGAUCUGGUCCUGCUGCCCUGGGUUAACUCUGCGUCCAUCAGUCCUGCUGUGCCGCCAUUCGCUGACAUACUGGUGGACAUACAGGACUGCUUGCUGGAAAAGGGCGGGCAAACGCUCCAGCGGAAAUCCAGGGACUUCCUGUCCAGCUUAAGCCUGAAGUUCUGCCUGCUGGCCAUCGCUUGCCUUAUCUAUCCCAUAGUGCUGCUGUCCUUCAAGCAGAUGACCGAGUGGAUUCAGAACUAUGCGCAGAGCCUGAGGGACAGGACAGAGGACCUCAAGCAGCAGAGGCGUCUGGCCGAGGACCUCCUGCACCAAAUGCUGCCCAAAUCUGUGGCCAAGCAGCUGCGUCAACAGAAACACGUCAAAGCAGAAAGCUAUGAGAAGGCGAGGCACAGCUUAUCUACGAGAGCACAGCCAUCACAGUAACAUGUAGUACCUACCAGAGCACAGCCAUUACAGAAAAAUGUAGUACCUGCCAGCACACAGUCAUUACAGUAACAUGUAGCACCUACCAGCACAGUCAUUACAGUAACAUGUAGUACCUACCAGAGCACAGCCAUUACAGAAAAAUGUAGUACCUACCAGCACAGUCAUUACAGAAACAUGUAGUACCUGCCAGCACACAGUCAUUACAGUAACAUGUAGCACCUACCAGCACAGUCAUUACAGUAACAUGUAGUACCUACCAGAGCACAGCCAUUACAGAAAAAUGUAGUACCUACCAGCACAGUCAUUACAGAAACAUGUAGUACCUGCCAGCACACAGUCAUUACAGUAACACGUAGCACCUACCAGAGCACAGCCAUUACAGUAACAUGUAGUACCUACCAGAGCACAGCCAUCACAGUAACAUGUAGUACCUACCAGCACACAGUCAUUACAGUAACAUGUAGCACCUACCAGAGCACAGCCAUUACAGAAACAUGUAGCACCUACCAGAGCACAGCCAUCACAGUAACAUGUAGUACCUACCAGCACAGUCAUUACAGUAACAUGUAGUACCUACCAGAACACAGCCAUCACAGUAACAUGUAGUACCUCUACAAGCGCAGCUAUCACAGUAACAAACACAAGCACAGUCAUCACAGUAGCAUGCAGCACCUAGCAGCACACAGCCAUCAGUUAUAAUAACAUUUUCCCCUAUACAUGUAACAUAUCACUUGUACAAGUAACAUUUUAUACUUCAGUAAUGAAAUAACAGAAACAAUAAUUUGGUGUGAUGGGCUUUUCUGAUUCUUUAAAGAUCAUGCUGAUCUACAAAUACAAAUUUGUGGCAAGUUUCUCAAGGGAUGUAACUUUAUUUUUCUCAGAUUUAGUGUACUUCUUUCAUGUCAAAGACCUCUCUCCACACACAAACACACACAGACCAUUUAGAAGAAAAAAGCCCACUCUAUCAGAUAUGUCGGAAAAGGGGUAACAUAAUUUAUGAACGCAUUCAAUUUGUUUGUUCUCAUUGUUGUAGUAAUUACCUAUAAUUAUGGUUUUACAUAUUCAGUAGGAGAUAAAACAGGAUCUGCGAGGGAAAAUGGUGUGCCUCUUAUCCAGGGUGGCUAACAGCUGGGUCCUAAAGCAUUACACUCUCCUUAGCAAAAUUGUGUCUAUUCACCCUCUAAGCAGCUCUGACACAGUUUCCAUGAGAAGAAAAUGUGGUCAUAAAUGCUGCCUAUCUUCCAAACAACAAAAACAACAACAAUAAUAAUAAUAAUUUUAUUAUUAUUAAUACUUGGUCAAGGACAUUUAUUUUCAGUGGUUGCGGAUAUUAUGAUAUCGUUUAAUAUACCAUGCUGUGAAAGUGCGCAUAAGUAAUACUACUACAAAAGUAAUAUUUUGUAAGGAUGUAUACUUAGAAUUCCUGUCUCUCUUUUAUAAUGCACUAACUGUAGUUUAAUGGUACUACACAGUAUUGUACGGACAGUAUUCCGCCACACAUAUUAUAUUUGCUACUAACUGUUGGGGAUGAGUCAAAUGAUUGAUGAAAAUUCUCCAUGGAUUUGUUUACGCGUUGAUUUUUCUCAUCUCAUUUUCCAGGUGACAAUUUUCUUCUCAGACAUAGUGGGCUUCACAAUGAUCUCCGCCUCCUGCACUCCCUUGCAAGUGGUGGAGAUGCUGAACAACCUGUAUGUGUGCUUUGACACACGCAUCGACUCCUAUGACGUUUACAAGGUGGAGACCAUAGGCGACGCCUACAUGGUGGUGAGCGGCCUGCCGGAGAGAAAUGGGGACAAGCACGCCGACGAGAUCGCCAAAAUGUCCCUGGACCUGGUGGCGGCAGUGCGGCAGGUGAACAUACCCCACAUGCCCGGCAAGAGGCUGCAGCUCCGCGCGGGCAUCCACACGGGGCCCUGUGUAGCAGGCAUCGUGGGGUCUAAGAUGCCCCGGUACUGCCUGUUUGGGGACACGGUCAAUACUGCCUCUCGGAUGGAGUCGACCAGCCUGCCUCAAAGAGUCCAUGCCAGCUCGGACACCUACAUCGCCCUCAUGAAGGACAACGCAUACGAGCUGGAGUUCAGGGGGGAGAUAGAAGUCAAGGGAAAAGGCAAAAUGAAGACCUACUGGCUGAUCGGUCACAAGAACUACAGCGUUCAGAAUGACAGCCUGGUGUGCCACUGGAACCCUGGUAUGGCCAGGAAGAAGAAGAUAGUGGUGCCUGGUAGCAGUGGGUCUAUAGAGCACUCCAACGCGAGCACCCUGCUGCCCAGUCCCAGCGAGAACACCACGCCCGUGUCCCAGCAGGACUCUGACUCGUUGAGGGCCCAGGAGGCCGAGGGCCCCCUGCUGGUGCGGGCGCAGGUGGAGCAGCGCCCUGGGGGAUCCGGGACCCGGGCCUCCGUGUCCAGGGGGCCCCAGGGCUGCAGCAGCGAGGCCAAGAGCCCUCAGGAGUCCUCCGGCAACGGGAAGACCUUCUCCCUGACCCAGGACAGACCGCACCUGCUGCCCGGCUCUGUCCCGCCCAUGUAGACCGCGCUGGAUGCAGCACAUGCCUCAUACAGCAUCAUACACCUGCUUUCAUUUUCCCUGUAAAUUACUGCGUGGUCCUGCAUUCAAUCAACAUUCACCCUUAAACCUGUUGGUGUUUUUAUUCUCAAACACGGUCUAAUGGGUUCUGCAAUCAAAAAGCAUAAUUUACAAUACAUUUUUUGUGGAAAAGCAUUUGCAUUUGUUUGUAUUCCAAUUGGAACUCAUCUUAAUUGAGUCCAGUUGACAUUGUAAAUCUUCUACAGUUUAUGGAUGUUUAAUGCAUGACCACAUUUCAACAACGCUGCAACUCCUAGGUGUAUUUGUCAGAAAUACAAUCAUUUAGAGGAUUGUCUGUAUUGUGUUGCCAUAAAGCAGUGAUCUACAUUCCUGGUCCUGGCAAACCACCGGGUCUGCUGGUUUUUGUUGUUACUAGCUCUUAAUUGAUCAAUUGAAGCGGUCAAUUACACAGUUAACUGUUGAUAUUAAGGUGAAAACAAAAACCAGCUGACCCUGCGAUCUGCCAGGACCAGUAAUGAAGAUCACGACCAUAAAGCUAGUAAUCAAUGGGAUUUAGAUUCAUCAAUGUGACUGGCUGCAGAAAGUAAUGGAUCACUACCACAUGGCCUCUGCUUGCAUUUCUGAUGGCUGCCCUCUUGGUUCAUCUCAUCCACUUGAUUAUUGUUGUACGAUAUUAUCUGUGCAAAUGCAUUCAUGGCACACUUGCUAAAGUUAUGUGAGUAAACUCACUUUACAGUAAUAAAGAUAUGUGCUUUGGUA